ACAUUUUAUGCCAAAAUGUUGGAUCACGAGUACACCACCAAGGAGAUCUUCCAGAACAAUUUUUUCCAUGAUUGGAGGAAGGAAAUGACCCCAGAGGAACAAGAGAUAAUCAAGGACCUGGACAAAUGUGACUUCAGGAUGAUCCACAAAUAUUUUGUGGACAAAAAUGAGGCCCGGAAAGCACUUCCCAAGGAGGAGAAACAGAAGCUGAAGAAAGAGGCGGAUAAGAUCCAGGAGGAAUAUGGAUACUGCAUCCUGGAUGGGCACAGGGAGAAGAUUGGCAACUUCAAAACUGAACCUCCAGGGCUCUUCCGUGGCCGCGGGGAUCACCCCAAAAUGGGGAUGCUGAAGAAGAGGAUCAUGCCAGAAGAUGUCAUCAUCAACUGCAGCCGAGAUUCCAAGAUUCCCGAGCCCCCAGAAGGUCACAAGUGGAAGGAAGUGCGCUUUGACAACACGGUCACCUGGCUGGCCUCGUGGACAGAGAACAUCCAGAACACCUUGAAGUACAUCAUGCUGAAUCCCAGCUCCAAGCUGAAGGGGGAGAAGGACUGGCAGAAAUAUGAGGUAGCUCGGCGCCUAAAGGAUGUUGUCCACACAAUCCGGGCUCAGUACAGAAGGGACUGGAAAUCCAAGGAAAUAAAGAAGAGGCAAAGAGCAGUGGCCCUCUACUUCAUUGAUAAGCUGGCUCUGCGAGCUGGGAAUGAGAAGGAGGAAGGGGAGACUGCAGACACAGUCGGCUGCUGCUCCCUGCGGGUGGAGCACAUCCAGCUGCACCCCCAGCUGGAUGGACAGGAGCACGUGGUGGAGUUCGACUUCCUUGGGAAAGACUCCAUCCGUUACUACAACAAAGUGUCUGUGGAGAAACCGGUGUUCAAGAACCUGCAGCUCUUCAUGAAGAACAAGGACCCCACUGAUGACCUCUUUGACCAGCUCACUACAACCUUCCUGAACAAACACCUCCAGCACCUAAUGGAUGGUUUGACAGCCAAAGUCUUCAGGACCUACAAUGCUUCCAUCACCCUGCAGGAGCAGCUCAAGGCCCUCACCAACCCUGACGACAACGUUGCAGGAAAGCUCCUGUCCUACAACCGAGCCAACCGAGCCGUGGCUAUCCUGUGCAAUCAUCAGAGGUCAAUACCAAAGACCUUUGCCAGGUCCAUGCAAGUCCUCCAGGAAAAGAUUGACGCCAAGAAGAAGCAAGUGGAGGAAGCCCAGGAAGAAGUGAAAAAAGCUGAAGAUGAGUUUAAAGACUCAAAAGAUGCCAAAGCAGAAGCCAACAUGGAGAAGAAGAAGAAGCUGUUGAAGAGGCUGGAGGAGCAGUUGGCCAAGUUGAACGUCCAGGCCAUGGACAAGGAGGAGAACAAGCAAAUAGCUCUGGGCACAUCCAAGCUGAAUUACCUGGAUCCCAGGAUUAGCGUGGCUUGGUGCAAGAAAUUUGGGAUUCCCAUCGAGAGGAUCUACAACAAGACCCAGAGGGAGAAGUUUGCCUGGGCCAUUGACAUGGCUGGCGAGGACUUUGAAUUCUGAGCUGGUGCCUUCCAUGUUAAAUACCAAGUCCUGCUCAUUUGGUGCUGUUGGGAAGUUUUUUGUUUUGUUUUGUUUUUAUUUUUUAAUUUAUUUUAAGUUUGCUGCUACUGGGGGCAGGUUGUUGUCUGAGUUUGGUGCCUUUUGUUUUGUAUAGAAAAGUGAACACCUGGAUUUCCAGUUGAAACAGGUAUUGUUGAUUGGGAUUUUGGACCGUGGGAACUCUUAAUUCCUCUUCAGAGUUUCCAAGUACUUGGGAUUUUUUCUUCCUCUGGAGUCUUGUAAGGAGAUUAAAUAAGAGCCUUAAUUGUGCUGAUCAACAAGACCAGUUCUAAUCCUGUUUCUUUGGUGUAGUGGAGCUGUGCUGCCCUUUCCAGACUGAAUGGGAUGGAUGGGGAAACAUGAGGUGAUGACAGCAGGAAAACAGGGAACUGCAACACAAAACCCAGGAUUGUGUUAGGGAUGCACUGGGGGGAAAGGAAAAAUCUCAGAGUUUUGCAUUUUAGGGUGCUUUGUGCCCUUUCACCUCCAGGAGAGGGAGAAGUUUGCAAUUGCAUGGAUAUUAAAUGGAAAAAACAUUGAGAGGGAAUGUGUGUCAUGUCAGGAGAAGGUAGAAGGGAAGAUGUUGAAUUUAAAAGCAGUUUCACAUUGCAGGGGGUGGAAAUACACCUUGGUCAGGAACGAAGUGUAUUUUAAGCACUCCCAUGUGGUUAAAUUUUUGUCUGGGAGAGGACAUCUCACUUGAAGCCAUGCUUAUUUCCUUAUUUCCUUCACUUGGCUCUGGUUCAGCUCCUGUAUUCAGAGCAGGAACUAAACUGUCCAGACAGGUUUAGGAAAUGGGGAGUUUCCUAGGAAAUAGGAUAAUGCUGGGCCAGGUUC